AUGGAUUCGUACUAAGGGAGUGACAAGUUAGCAUUGUAACAGUCCAUUGUUCAUCAUGUCGAGUACACAUUGGCCAGAACACGCUUUGAUUUCUCCAAAUUUCAUAGUUAUUAAGCUUUGUCUCAUUCAGUAAGAGAUAGAUUGAUUGAAGCAUUUAAUGAUACAAAUUUACAUUUUCAUUAGAUGGAUGCCAAGCGUAUCUACUAUUUAAGUUUGGAAUUUUUGAUUGGAAGAUGCUUAUAAAAUGCAUUGGUUAAUUUGGAUUUGGAAGAAGAUUAUAGAGAAGCACUUAUGGAUCUUGGAUAUAAAUUGGAAGAGCUCUAUGAUGAAGAAGUGGAUCCAGCUUUGGGAAAUGGAGGUUUGGGUAGAUUGGCAGCCUGUUUUUUGGAUUCUUUGGCUACUCUAAAUUAUCCAUCAUUUGGCUAUGGAAUAAGAUAUACUUAUGGAAUAUUCAAAUAGUUGAUCAAAGAUGGUUAUUAGGUGGAGUCUCCAGAUUUUUGGUUGAAUCAUGGAAAUCCAUGGGAAAUUGAGAGAUUGGAUGUCCAAUAUUAAAUCAGAUUUUAUGGUUUUGUUAAGAAAGUAUGGGAUCAUGGAGUCGAAAGAAGUGUUUGGGAAGGAGGUGAAACCAUUAUGGCUAGAGCAUAUGAUACACCCAUUCCUGGAUAUAACACUUAAAAUACAAUUGCAUUGAGAUUAUGGAAAUCUCAUCCAGCCUCAGAGUUUGAUUUUAGUAGUUUCAAUACAGGUGAUUAUUUCAAAGCAUUGGAGUAGAGAUAAAAGGCAGAAUACAUAACAUCUGUUUUGUAUCCAAACGAUUCAACUGAUGCUGGAAAGGAAUUAAGAUUAAAGUAGUAAUAUCUGUUGGUUUCUGCAAGUAUGUAAGAUAUAGUAAGAAGAUUCAAGAGAAGAAAGGUUUUAGAUUGGAAUGCUUUUCCAUAGAAGGUGGCUGUAUAAUUAAAUGAUACUCAUCCUGCCUUGGCUAUUGUUGAAUUGCUUCGUAUUUUGAUAGAUAUUGAGUAAUUGGACAACAUGUCUGCUUGGUAAAUAGUAACUAAGUCAUUCAAUUACACCAAUCAUACAGUAUUACCAGAAGCAUUGGAGAAAUGGGGAGUGCCUUUGAUUGAGAAAUUACUUCCAAGACAUUUGGAAAUCAUCUACUUAAUUAAUUUCUUGUUUUUGGAAAAAGUAUAAUAGAAGUAUCCAAACAAUUGGGGCAAAUUAAGUGCUCUCUCUAUUGUGGAAGAAGAGGGAACUAAAAAAGUCAGAAUGGCCAAUUUGUCUAUUGUAGGUUCCAAAUUUGUCAAUGGAGUUGCAAAGAUCCAUACAGAAUUAUUGAAAACUACUAUUUUCAAAGAGUUCUUUGAAAUGCAUCCAAAUAAAUUUUAAAAUAAAACCAAUGGAGUCACUCCUAGAAGAUGGGUCAGAUGUGCUAAUCCAGCAUUAGCUGCAUUAUAUGAUAGAGUAUUAGGCAGUGACAAAUGGGUCUUAGAUAUGGAGUAAUUGAAAUAAUUGGAGUCCCAUGUUUCUGAUCCUCAAUUUGUUAGGGAAUUUUAGAUGAUUAAAAUAGAAAACAAAGAGAGAUUUGUUCAUUGGAUCAGAAAGACUUGUUAAGUUGAUUUAAAUGUUGAUUCAUUGUUUGAUAUAUAAGUGAAAAGAAUACAUGAAUACAAAAGAUAAUUGAUGAAUAUUCUAUAUGUGAUCUAUAGAUAUUUGAUCAUAAAGGAAUCAACUCCUGAAGAGAGAAAGAGGAUUGUUCCUAGAAGUGUAUGUUUUGGUGGUAAAGCAGCUCCUGGAUAUGUUAAUGCAAAAAGAGUCAUUAAAUUAAUCAAUUCAGUUGCUGAUGUUAUUAAUAAUGAUCAUCAAAUUGGAGAUCUCUUAAAAGUAGUGUUUAUGCCAAAUUAUAAUGUAAGUAAUGCUUAAAUUAUUAUUCCUGCUGCAGAAUUGUCUUAACACAUCUCAACUGCAGGAACAGAAGCUUCUGGUACUUCAAAUAUGAAGUUUAUUAUGAACGGCUGUCUCAUCUUAGGUACUUUAGAUGGAGCCAAUGUAGAAAUUGAUGAAGCAGUUGGCAGAGAAAAUAUCUUUAUUUUUGGAACUUAAGUGGAGGAUGUAGAUAACAUGAAAGAAAAAAUGAGAAAUACUGAUCCUCACGAAUAUUUCCCAUAAGAAUUACUUAAAGUAUUUACAGAAAUUGAUAACGGAAGAUUUGGACAUAAUGAAGAAUUGAAAUGGAUUGUCGAUAGUAUUAGAUAUAAGAAUGAUAAUUAUUUAGUUGGUUAAGAUUUCAAAGAUUACAUCAAGGCAUAACAAUAGGUUGAUGAUCUGUAUCGCUAACCAAAUGAGUGGGCUAAGAAGAGUAUUUAUAAUGCCAUCAGAUCUUAUAAAUUUAGCAGUGAUAGGACUAUCUACGAGUAUGCUGAAGAUAUUUGGCAGUUGAAACCUAUCAAGGUUCCAGAACCAGCAGCUUAAAAACAUGAAAGAGUCAAAGGUGUUGCUUUGAGCAAAUCAUAAUAAGAAAUGGCUGAUAAAAUAAAACAUUGAUAUCAAUAAAUAAAAAUCAUAAAUUAUAA